AUGGCUCAACCGCUUGAAUAUCCCGGUAUCGUCAACAUCGUCACUCUUAUCGUUUUCUUCAUCUACCUUGUAAUAUCGCUUUACCUGAUUCUCCGCCAAGGCCUGGGGCGGAGUUGGCCAUGGAUCUGGUUAACGACACUCUGUGUAUGCCGGCUUGUGCAGGUCUCUAUGGAUUUGGCUACGACGCAGCUUAACCCCAUCUCCGACGUUCCUAACACAUCCGUCUCUUCCGGUGUGGCCAUCCUCACUUCCAUGGGUCUCACGCCACUGUUCAUGUCAACCAGCAGUCUACUCAACACCACAACCAAGCCAAAAGGACGACGCAUGCAAUGGAUCUUGCUCUUCACACAUGUUCCUCUAAUCAUUUCAUUUGUCCUCAUAGUUGCUGGCGGCAUAGACCCUGAUUCCCGCGACGGUCCGACCUACGCAGCAACCGGAGCAACUAAAGCAGGGAUCAGUCUAUACAUCGCUUGUUUCCUAGUCCUCAUCUGGGCCACAGCUGUGAUAUCUGCUCGCCUAUAUUUGGCGGAUUCUCAAGAAGUCAAGAUCCUGACCACAGUUGUGCUCAGUCUACCCUUUUUCGUCGUCGACAUCGUUUACAUGACGUGCUUCGCAUUCGAGAGCUGGGUCGACAAAACCUCUGAGAUGCGAUUCAACGUCAUCUCUGGCAAUGUCACGAUUCAACUGUGCAUGCAAGUCAUCAUGGAGUACAUCAUCGUCGGCCUCUAUCUGUUCCUUGGACUGGAACUUCCUAGCAAAGCCGCGCGGUUAAGGGAGCAGCUGGAGGAAGCUAAAGAGAUGAGCGCGGACCAAAUUCAAGAGACAUUGCUAUGGAAGCUUCAUGAAGGGAUAUCUAGGAUCGUGGCGUCGAUGAUAAUGCCUGCACUUCAAUUCUCGCACUGGAUGCUUGGAAAGAUAUUACGUUCUGGAAGUACCACUUGA